AUGCCGCAAUCACCCCCUGCCACGUCAAUUCUCGAGCUGCUCACUCACCCAAAUCCGUCCGUGCACCAUGAGAAGCCCAGAAGCAAGACAAAUACUCAUAGCGCUAAAUAUCAUUUCCCUCAACAAAUCAGAAAAUGGGAAGAAUUUGAGAAUGUAAAUAUUCUUAGGGCUAUGUUUGGGGGCAGUUUGCUACGAGAGGCAUCUCAGGGCAACCGGGACUUGAAUCCUUAUCCGAUCUUAGAUCCUGAUGCAGACUGCAGGAUAUCUGCUGAGGAUGAUACUCGAGACCUAAUCAACAGCUGGAACAAGAAAAUUGUCACUUCUGCCCUCAAACCUAUUCAACACAUCUUCCAUCCAGUCAUUUGGAGCAAAGGCGAUUCCCCGAAGCACAAAGAGAAACACCCACUUCCUCCUCGACGGCAGGAGCAACGCCGUCAUCAGCCAUCUCGCGGUUGCUCUUUGAAAGCAAGACAGCCAAGAUCACAAUCACUGUCAAGGCUGCAGCCGGAUUCUGGAUCUAUUGCAUGGAGCCCGCCCACAGUCAAGAGCGACAGCAGAAGUGCUGCCCAUCGCCAAGAGAGGUUUGUUAAAGAGUACAAACCAGCAUCUAAAUGGAAUAGUGAAAGUUUCUUCAAAGACGGACUCUUGGACGAAUCUGGGACCUUUAUCAGAAUCACUAGGAACUUAGCCUGGCCCAUUAGACAAGCUUACACUUAUUGCAUCCAACACAUGUGCCGCUAUGGCUGCAUCUUGACUUGCGAAGAAGCUUUCAUAUUUCGCAUCAUGCCCCGAGAGGAUACGCGCGGAAAUGAUGCAAAAGACGAAGUGUCUUUAAAAAACGAGCUUAUCCGCAAUGGAUUGAUGGAGUACGUCUCCAUUCCUUGGGAAAAUCAUAGUAGACGGGGCAGAGAAGAGCCUGAUGUAUGGACCGUCAACUUGGCUCUAUGGUUUGUUCACAUUCUGGCAGGAAACAAUUUUGAGGCGAGUUGGAGCUAUGUUGGCCUGGCUGAUGAAGUCUUGAUUCUCUCUCAGCCAGCUGAGGGUUGUGACGGAUCGACAUUGGCUUCUUUGACUUCGGCAGAGAAUCCUGAAGACGAACAAGGUCAAGAAUCUGACGCAUCCGAUUCUACGGAAGAUUCGGACACCACCAACGUCCGUACUCCUUCCAAACCAAAGCGCAAAAGGGAAAGUGACGAGGAAGACGAAGAGGAAAGAAUUCAUGAUUCAUUCUCAAAGCGCCAGAAUAUAUAG